AUGUUUAAUACUGAUGUUUUCUUUCAUUUAAAGUGGUUUUACAUGAAUUCCUGUACAUGAAGAGUAGUGCUAUUGGUGACUGCCACCCAGUAUACUAUUAUCCCUCAAAGAUAAGUUAAAUAAAGCUGUAAUGACCUGCAGCACUUGGAUAAUUUUGUACUCCACUUUAUAGAAUUUGUACUCCAUUACCAGGAAAAUCUUUCACAUUUCCAAUGCUGCACCAGAGCAUGGUUACUGCCAUGUGCUGCAAAAGAAUAUCCUGCAGUGCCAGCUGCAAAUACAGUGCUAACUCAGCCAGAGCAAUGGAUGCAAAACUAGAAUCCAGUGCCAGCACUGAACCUUUCACUACAGAAGCUUCACUGCCAACUACUCAACAAGCAGAUGCAAACUCAGCUGCUAGUACUGAGUCAGAACCAGAUUUCAGCAAAAAGCCAACAUGUCUGAUAUUUUUGGGCAUGGCCGGUUCAGGAAAAACUACUCUGGUGCAGAAAAUAACAGCUUAUUUGUAUGAGAAAAAGCCUCCCCCAUAUGUCAUCAACAUGGAUCCGGCUUGUGGAGAAGUUCCAUACCCAGCCAAUGUGGAUAUCCGUGACACGGUCAAGUACAAGGAUGUGAUGAAGCAGUAUGGUCUGGGUCCGAACGGUGGCAUUGUGACGUCACUGAAUCUGUUCGCCACACAGUUCGACCAGCUGCUGGGCCUGCUAGAGAAGCGACAAGAGCAGCAUGAGUACGUCAUCAUUGACACACCUGGCCAGAUCGAGGUGUUCACCUGGUCGGCUUCGGGCUCCAUCAUCACGGAGGCGCUCGCUGCCGGUUUCCCCACCGUCGUCGUGUACGUCAUGGACUCGGUGCGCAGCGUCAGUCCCGUCACCUUCAUGUCCAACAUGCUGUACGCCUGCUCGAUUCUCUACAAGACACGCCUGCCCUUCAUCGUUGCCAUAAACAAGACGGACGUGGUGGACAGCGGCUACGCCGAGCAGUGGAUGCGCGACUUCGAGACGUUCGACGAGGCGCUGCGCGCCGAGAGCUCGUAUGCCACCAACCUGACGUACUCCCUGUCACUGGUGCUAGAUGAGUUCUACGGCUCGCUCAGGUGCACAGGCGUGUCGGCGGCGACGGGCGCCAACGUGGACCGGCUGUUCGAGCUGGUGAGCGAGGCGCGCACCGAGUACCUGACGGACUACCGGGCCGAGUACCGGCGGCUGCGGCGCGCGCGCGACCAGGCCGAGUGCGACCGCCAGCGUGGCCAGCUGUCGCGGCUUGACGGCGACUUGGAGCCAGCCGACCGCGAGCGGCUCGUCGAGAGCGACGUCUCGCUGCGAACGGCCGCGCAGGCAGACGAUGACGACGGCCAGCAGACAGUUUCAGACGACGAAGACGUCAAAGAGCAAGAAUCGUUCGAGAACUUCCUUCAGCGUCAGAAGGAACGGCAAACGGCUAAGGAAGUCAAGCAGACAGUGAACCUGUCCAAGUCUUGAAACACGCCACGCUUUUGAAUCAUGUAUCUUUCAGCGCACACUACAUCAAUACACAACACAACAGUGGUCUGC